CCCGCCUUCCUCCGCCGCCUCCUCCUCACCUUCGCCAGGCGCCGCGCCGGGUGACCCAGAUCGCGUCGGCGGCGGCAGCUCCGCGUCCCUCCCGGCGAGGAAGGACGGCUCGGGACGGCGGCUGCGCUGCGCCGCGGGCAUGGAGCGGCGCGGAGCGUGGACCUUGAAAGCCUUCCUGAUCUGCAGACAUACAACUUGGUGAGGAAGGUCUUUCCUGAAGAAAACAGAAGACUGGAAGUCAAGUCCUUCUCCCUAAAUAAAAAUAACACUAAUAUCACCUGUGAAGAAGAGAUCAUCAGUGAUCAAUAUAUUACGGCUCUAGCAGCACAAACCAAACCAUCACCAUGAAACACUUCCUGAGGAUGUUUGUCCAGGUAUGCCUGUACUUCUACUGCAAAUGCUUGUGGCGCUGCCUGAAAUUCGUGGUCAGGAAACUAACAGGUCAAUGUGAAUUGCAAAGGAUCUGUUACAAUACCAAACCUGGAGCUGCCAGAACUAUGAAAAUAGAGGCAUCCCUGAAAGGUUCAAAAAGUAAGCGGCUGCAAACAUCAGUAAAUGUUCACCCUGAUGCUAUUGAAAAAACAAUAGAUGACAUCAUGGAGCUGAAAAGGAUUAAUCCAGAUAUAAAUCCACAGUUGGGAGUGUCUCUUCAGGCAUGCCUGCUGCAGAUUGUGGGCUACAGAAAUCUCAUUGCGGAGGUGGAGAAGCUGCGCCGAGAGCCGUACGAUUCGGAGAAUCCACAGCACGAGGAAAUGCUGCUGAAGUUGUGGAAAUGCUUGAAGCCGAAUUCACCACUGAAAGCUCGGAUUUCGAAGCAAUGGUGUGAAAUUGGUUUCCAAGGUGACGAUCCUAAAACAGACUUUAGAGGAAUGGGUCUCCUGGGUUUAUAUAACUUGGUGUAUUUUGCUGAAUGGGACACUGAGAUAGCUCAACAAGUUCUCACUGAUUCUCUUCACCCUAAAUACAGCCAACUUAGCAAAGCUGAAUGGGAGAAGAAAAAGUUUGAUAAGGCAAUUGGCUACUCUUUUGCCAUCGUGGGCAUUAACAUAACAGACCUUGCAUACAACCUGCUCGUGAGUGGGGCUCUGAAGACCCACUUCUACAACGUUGCUCCAGAAGCACCAACGCUCACCCACUUUCAGCAGACAUUCUGCUACUUAAUGCAUGAAUUCCACAAAUUCUGGAUUGAUGAGGAUCCACUGGACAUAAUGGAAUUCAAUCGCGUUAGGGAGAAAUUUUACAAGCGAAUCUUGCGACAGCUCCAGAACCCAGAGAUGGCUCUGUGUCCUCAUUUUGCUGCAUCAGAAAGUUUAAUCAAUAUGUAGAUACUCAGCUGAUUUCAUAUGGAAGCACCAUCUCACUCUUGGUUAAGAUCACUGUUAGACCAUCACUAGCAUACUGAAUGACCAUGGCAAUCGUGUGCAUGUUUUUGGCGCAGUGUUCAUCUAUUUUUGUCACAUGAUCCCCUUAUGCUUCUUGUGUUGGGGAUUUUUCAUUUUAAAUGGGUGCUCAUAUUGCCUCAUUAUGAAGUGUUACCUUCUGAAUUGAUGUCCAGAUAUCAGAGUUUUUCUAUUUUUUUAGACUUUCUUCAUAAUUCAGCAUUGACAAUUGAAUUGUAUUUAUCUAGCAGUGUUUUUGUAUAUGUGGAAUAAGUACCUGGAUCUUGUAUUGUGAAAGCUUUUUAACUUCUUGGUAUGUUUUAAGAUAACUACUGGCAUUUCAAGCAAAAUAUAUGUUUGGACCUCAUCUAGAAGAUAAUGCAAUUUAAUCUAAUUCAGACAAACACAUUAAAGUCCAAUUUUCUCCAUGCAACCACUAUAUGCUUAAUGCAAAAUUAAUGAGGCUUAUGAGAUACAAGUUUCAGUGAGAAGAGUUUAUGCAGAAUUACGAUCAAAUGCAUGAAUACCAAAUGAUCUGGUGAUGCUAACACAGUGAGCUGUGAACACAUUCACAACUAACAGAUACUGGCAGAGGCCAAAAAUUAUAACAUCAGGCUGUUGUCACCUACACCACCAUGCUAAAGCAUGGUCUAGAUUCCUGUGCAUUCCUUUGGAUAUACAGAGGUUAGUGGUUUGUGUCACACACUGGAAGGCAAUAUGAUUUGGUCACGUGGUGCUUGGUGAAUUCAGGAAAGCAGAAAUAUGUAUCUUUUCUUUCAACUACUGAAAAUGUUGCUUUGGUUGUUAAUUCAGUUCCUAAGAGCUGGGAGAAAUAAUUGGUUAGAAGGUUUAGAAUAAACUGCUUGUGUUUCCCAGACUACUUAUAAAAAAAAUUCAAAAUGGCAAACUGCCUUUUUUCUAAAACCAUAAAUUAAUAAACGUGUUUGACACUAAGAUUGUGUAGUAUACUGAACAACAUCUACCAUGGCAUUUCAUACCCAUGGUAUUUUUUACCUUCUAAGCAAUCAAUUUUAGUAUUAUAUGUUUGUGUAAAUCACUUGCAUAUGGAGAUUAAAUUGAGUAGUGUCCAACUACUUGUGAAUAUAUGAAUAAAUUAUACAUCAUUCUAAACUGAAGCACUGUGGAUUUUAUUUUUGGGAUAUGCAGUAAUACAGAGGAAAAAUGUUUUACUUAACGGAUCAGGUAAAAUGGAUUCUAACAGCUCUGUGGUAUUCCCAAGGAUGAAGUGUGAUUGCAACUUAUUCAGAUAAGGUGCUUUAUGUCAUUUUAGUUCCUGCUUGGGUCAUCACUUUAUUUAACAAAAAUAAAAAUAAAGAAAUGGGAGUGCUUCAACUUCCUAGGAAACUCCUUGGGUUUAGGCUGUCUCAUUUCUUUGCUAAAAUGUAAACUGGGGGUCAGAACUUCUCUACAUGGCUGGAAACUCACACUCAUGGAGUUAGCAGAAUUUUAUGGGUGUUGCAAUAAUUAAUCUUCUAAUUUGGAAAUAUGGAACUGGAAAUAUUAGCAUUUGCAUAUUUUGCAUGAGAAUACAAGGAAUAAAAACUAUGCAUGUUCAACUUAAUACCAUUGAUUUUGGAAAGUGGUUAUUUAUAGACACUAGGUCGCAAGGACUUUGUUGUGUGACUCUUGAAACUUCUAAAAUAGGUUCUUAUAACAGAUUUUUAAAUUGUUUUCAGAUUUGAGGCUGUCUCUUUCUUUCCUUGCUCCACUCUGAUUUAAAUAUCUUCUGCAAUUUAUUAUGUCACACUGGUUUAUUUUUAAUGAUCUGCAGUUCAUGAAGUUGCAGGGGAGGGAGGCAAGGUUCCUGCUACCUUCUUACUGUUCUGAUCCUCUCAGUUGUGCCUUGUCUCAAGGUGUCAACUUCAAAUAAAAUCAGAAAAUAUCA